GGGUGGUGCAUCUACCCAGGUUCGGUAGCAGUAGGUGGGCGAGACGGAGAGACGAAGCCGUAGGCUGCAGCAUAGGCACACAGACUGAAUUUCACGUUAUAGUCCUUUUUUCAGUCACAAUGGAAUGGAAGUUAGAGAGAUAUUCCCGUUUUAGGGUAAAACCACAGGAAGUUACGCUGAGAACAUAAUGAACAGGCUUUCUAAAGACUUCGUAAGGACCAAGCGGCACUAUCCACUCAAGACCCUAAGUAUAAAGGCGAACAAAGAACGUCGAACUCCAACCUUCUCAUACCGCAGAUUUAAGAGUCGAAUCGUGCGACGACUGAACAGUGAUGGGCUGCCCGUAGCUAGUAGCCCGGUGACCACUGGAUGGCAGUGUUCGUUCACCUCGGAAUAUGACACCGUCUGCCAGAGACUGCCGCUGGACUCCCCACCACAUGCCGGCUCCCACUCUCCCUCACAUCCUGGUAACCCGGCAACGCCUUCAAAUCACGACAGAGUGGGUCCAGCAGAAGGGGACGGCUGUGACCUCUCAUCUGGCCAAGCGCAGCAGGAAGCUCCGCCCCCCAACAGAAAGAAUGCCACAGGCCAGGACUGCUAUUGGAAAGACCCUGGAGCUGCUGAAACAGCCUCCUGCUCCAGGCUGCAACCCUUCACUGUCCUGGACAGAGCUCCCAGCAUGCACUGCAGCCAAUCAGAGCCACAGUUGAGGAUGAUUAUCCCUGGACUGCAGGAUAAUUACUACCUGAGCCAGAUGGACAGGUGUGGGCGGGGCCUGGUGGCACUGGCGUUGGGCUCCUCCGUGGCGCUGUGGAGCGGAGAAACCCGCAGGCUGCAGGGCAGCAUCCACCUCUGCCCGCACACCUCCACCUGCCCCAUCACCUCCACCUGCUCCAUCACCUCCGUCUCCUGGAGCAGAGAUGGCUCCACCCUGGCCAUCGGGACAGGUGAUGGAGAGAUUCAGCUCUGGGACGUGGAAAGCAGGCGUAAAUUGAGAAGUGUACAUGGACACCUGUCACAGGUGGGAGUGCUUACCUGGAACCAACACCUGAUCAGCAGCGGCUCUCUCCUGGGUUCCAUCCGCCACCACGACGCGCGGGCGGGGCCGCCGGUGGGCGGGGCCCGGCUGCAGGGGGGCGUGUGCGGUCUGGAGUGGUCGCCGUGCGGCCGCCGCCUGGCCAGCGGGAGCACGGACGGACUCCUCUGCGUCUGGCCCAGUGACCCCGGCGCGACGGGCAGAGCCGCGCCCACGUCCAGCGUACCCCACCCAACAGCCGUCAAGGCUCUAGGAUGGUGUCCCUGGCAGUCUGAGGUCGUGGCUGUAGGAGGUGGCAGGGCAGAUGGAAUCCUGAGGAUCUGGGACACAAACACAGACACCUGUCUGCACUCAGUCCCCACAAACUCACAGAUCUGUUCUCUGCACUGGAGCCACAGGAGGAAGGAGCUCUUCACAACCCAUGGUCUUCCUCACAAUCACAUCACAUGCUGGACCUUCCCCUCCCUCACACAACAGGCCCAAUUCCAGGGGCACACGGGCCGGGUGUUGGACAUGGCGCUGAGCUCCUGUGAAAAAUGGAUCCUGUCUUGCGGCUCAGACCAGCAGGCGUGCCUCUGGGACAACCAGCUUCAGCACGCCCCACUCCUCCCCAAUCGCCCUAACUUCCCUCCCUAAUACCCCGCUGCCCCACCCCAACACCCUAACACCCCACCCCCAACCCUAA